AUUUUUAUACUCUCAUAUUGGAGCUUUUGUGAACUAUUUCUACUUGUAUAGACAGUUAGUGAAUUGUGGUUAAUUAUUUGGUAUUAAAUUAGUUUAAAAUGACUACUAACAUGUACAGGGUUGGUGAUUAUGUUUACUUUGAGUCACUUUCCCCAAAUCCUUACCAAAUAAGAAGGAUUGAAGAACUUAGUAAAAUGCCUAAUGGCAGUGUGGAAGUUAAAGUAACCUGCUUUUUUAGAAGAAGAGAUCUACCAGAACAGUUAAUCACUGUUGCUGAUAAGUAUGAAACAGCAUUGACAUUAGAUGUAGAUGAAGAUGUCUAUUUAACUGCUAAGCAAAAACAUCAGUUGAAACAUAGAGAAUUAUUUUUUACUCGACAAAUGGAAACGCUUCCAGCCACUCACAUUCGAGGAAAGUGCUCAGUUACAUUUCUCAAUGAGACUGAGUCUCUUCUGGAUUACUUGAACAACGAUGACAGCUUUUUCUAUUUCUUUGUCUAUGAUCCUCUUCAGAAAACACUUCUUGCUGACAGGGGAGAAAUUCGUGUUGGAAGUAAAUAUCAAGCUGAAAUACCUCCUCCUAUUAAAGGUAUUGAUUGUAGAUUACAAGAGAAUUUAGAAACAUUGUUAUGGACCCCAAAUCAUGACCUUACUGAUGAACAUAUCGAUAAAUUUUUGGUAGUGACAAGAUCAAUUGGAACAUUUGCUAGAGCAUUAGAUUGCUCCAGUUCAAUUAAACAACCUAGUCUGCAUAUGACUGCUGCCGCUGCAUCAAGAGAUAUUACUUUGUUUCAUGCAAUGGAUACAUUACACAAACAUAACUAUGAUAUUUCGGAUGCUGCUAGUUCCUUGGUUCCUUCUUCAGGACCUACAUUGUGUCGAGAUGAACUUGAAGAAUGGACUGCUGCUGAAACUAAUUUGUUUGAGCAAGCUAUGGUAAAAUACAAAAAGAAUUUUAAAAGUAUCAGAAAUGAUUUUCUUCCAUGGAAAUCAUUAAAAAACAUUGUAGAAUAUUACUACAUGUGGAAAACUACUGACAGAUAUGUUCAACAAAAAAGAGCAAAAGCUCUCGAAUCUGAAUCUAAAUUGAAACAAGUUUAUAUCCCAAAUUAUGACAAGGCAAACACUACUUCCUGGAAUAAUAAUUGUGUUUCUGAAAUAACAAAUGGAAAACAUUGUGAAUCAUGUAAUUCUAUGAAAUCGUCUCAGUGGUAUUCUUGGGGCCCUUCACAAAUGCAGUGUAAACUAUGUCAUGAGUGUUGGUGCUAUUGGAAGAAAUACGGAGGACUUAAAAUUCCAAACAAAUCUAUGGAUAACGAUGAACCAAAAACACCUGAUGAAGAGCAAGCUACUUCCCGUAAGCUUAACAAGUGCAAUGUAAUGGGUUGUAGUAAAGAAUUUAAAGGUAAAAAUAAUCUUAUUCGACAUUAUAACAUGGCUCAUGCCUGUGAUUUAAGGCCUGGUUCUCGAAGGCCAAUCAUGAAGACACGUACAUCAUUUUAUUUAUCCACUAAUCUUCUUCAAAAACUUUCAAGAAGGUUAUGUCAAAAUUUGGCCAGUCCCCAGCAUGUUGCGCGGCGUCCUUUUUGGGCAAUAAAUAUUGAUGCUAUUAAACAGGCAUGGCAAAAAGACAUUGUUUCAAAAAGUAUGUUUGAGCUCCAAAAAUUACUGCUUUUAAAAAGGAAAAAACGAGACUCCAUAAUUAACACUGUAUCAAGAGUUUGGAACUUGCAUAACCAUAAGUUAACGUCGAUAAAUGAAAGAAAUAAAUAUCCGAGACUUGACAGAAAGACUUAUGAAAGAAAAACUAAUGAUAGCUUAUUUCAUGAAGUUAGUAACAAUCCCCAUAUCGAAAAAUUUCCGGAAGUUGGAACAAAAAGAAAACUUUCACAAGAACCCAGUAGAAUAGAUAAUAAACCAUAUGAGGAUAUACCUAACAAAAAAAUACCAAGAAAUAAUAUACAGGAGGAUUUAAUUCGUCCUCAAAUCCCUUUACAACAAUUUAAUGGAAAAAGCAGAGUUGCUGCAGUCGCAAGGAAAAAAGUCGUCUCCUUAACAGGUGGUUCAGAUGAUAUUUACUUCAAGUCUUCCGUUAUCACCAGGCAUUUGAGACACAGAUACAGUGCUGGGAUUCUACGAAGGGCUGCCAGACGACCUUGGAAGGAAUUUAUUGUGAAGAAUGUAGAUGAAACUGUGGUUAUUUUGGAUUAAACCAAUAAACAGUUACCAAGUUUGUUGUAAAUAACUUUUUGUUGUCUAUCAGUAUUUAUCGGAGUUGCUGGAUUUCUUCGAGGUAUUUAAGCAAUAUGAAAUUUUAGUUCCAUGACAUCUUUUUGUUGACAACUUAUGUAGAUAGUUGUGUAUUUACUUUAAUUAUACCAGUUGUAAUAUAAUUUCACAAAACUGGUCUCUGUUUAUCUAUUUGUCGUAAUAUUUAUAUAGUAACACAUUAAGUAUGUAUGCUUUUGGUGUAAUAGGCCAGUAAUUAUUACAUCUUUGUGAUAUAAGUUUCAUGUGCAUUAGUGAUUGUGUAUCAAAAUUAGAAAUCAUACUAAAUUGAUUUUCAGUGAUUGGUUCAUAUUUUUUACUGGCUUCAGAUAAUUUUGUACUUAGAUAAUAUUAACUGUAAUCUGAAGCAGUUGUGAUUUCUUCAAUUUAUAUUAGAGCAAUGUCCAUAUUUGCAAAAAAAUGUGUUUUAUUUAAAUGGAACUAUGUAAAUGUUUACUAUUGUGAGCGUGAUUCUCUAAAAUAUAACAUAAAGUAUUAAAGAUUUUUCUAAGAAGUGAUAUUUUUUUGUGAAUUUUGUUUUCAUAAGUCUCAAUUGUGUAUAUUUUUUAUGUAUAUAAAUAAUAUAUUGUUUUUGUGAAAUUUAAUGGAAG